UCUAGGAACAACUACAUAUUUCUAAUAAGAACAGUCUUCAAUUGUCCUCCAUCUCUCAAGAAUACUUAGCAACACUGCUUUCAUCGUCAUCGGCGGCAACACAAUAACACUCGAAAAUAAUAGCACCAGUGAAGAGACCCAUUUUGACAAAGUUACGGAAGGUUGUCUUGCGUCGGUGUCUCCGCCAUUUGGACGAUUCAAUGUUGCAGCUCUUCUAUUAUUGGUUAAUUGCAUGAAGUAUUCUAAUCCGUUGGUUAUGGUCUGAUAGUUGUUAUUACUAACACACUAAAUCUAGGUCUAGAGACAUUAACUCUCUCAUCUCUUUUCCCUUUGAAUGGCCAUUUUUUAUACUUUGCGAAAAAGUAAAGAGCGAAUUAUCUUUGAUAUUGUUGUAAUUAUUGUGAUUGAGUGAGGGUCAAAGCACACUUAAAAUAUCCCUUUAUUUUCAAAUUUCAUACCGCAUAUUGGUUGAUGGAAUUGGUUUGUCUUCUUCAUCUGGGUUGAGCUAGGUUCAUGUAUAGAGUAGUGGCUUGAUUCAAUAUUGUUGUAUGAAAGUUGGAAUUUUACUUGAUGAUUUUCGCCAAAGUUUGAGUCCUUACAAAUUACCUUUGUUCAUUUUUGUGUCUAUGUAGUUCUUUUCAUUCUGUAGAAUAUGUGAUGCACUUUCUGAAACUAAUUUGAUAAAUAGAAAAAGUAUUAGUUAGUUAAGCAUAGAGUGAAUUACACAUAAUCCAUUAAAUUGUACCUAUUUUACCUUUCCAAUGAGAUAGAGAACCUCUUUGGUCCCCGCAGUGUAGCUUAGCUGUCAACAAAGUGGGUAAAAGCAUGGGAGACGAGAGUUCAAAUUGUAGAAGUGACAAGAUGAUGGGUGUUUUCUUGCUAUCUGCCCAAGUCUUGUGGAGGGUUACCGGAAUUUGUGCGGGGGAGAUAACAAGUACUUGGUGGAAUAGUCGAGGUGCGCACAAAAUAGAUGGAAACUACCCUUAUAAAAAUAUUAUAGACUAUUAUGUCUUUUGUUUCAAGUAUAUUUGAUUAAUAAUCCAGGGAAAUAGGAAGAUUGAUGAUGAUGUUACACAUCGUAUUGGAGCGAGAUGGAUGAAAUGAAAGCUCGCAUCUGGUAUCUUGUGUGAUAAGAAAGUGCUGUCAAGAAUCUGCUGCUGCAAAGAUAACAUUUUACUUCAUUGGCAUUCGAUGUCUUCUUGAUAUUACGAGUCAGCCUUAUAAAGUUGCAAUGGUUGGUGUAAAAUGCAAGUUAGGAUGCACUGACGCUAUCGUUUUCAUGGCCAGCUUGUGCGCACCUCGACUAAUUCUGCUACCUGCUACCUCCAAUCAACAGAAGUACCAGGCAACUCAUUCGACAACGCAUCCUGGAGUUCUUCUAGAUCUUUCGUUCAAUGAUUCAGAGCUUAUUCUUAACCCUUUGAUUAACGUUGCGGGUUCGGGUCAUCUGAAGAUUGUUGAAGCUGCCCUUGAUGUUGUGCAGCAGCUCAUUGCUUAUGGUUAUCUUAGGGGUGAAGUGGACCCCACUCGGGGUCCAAAUACAAAGCUUCUAUCGAAAUUGAUUGGGUUUGUUUGUAAAUGUCAUGAUUUGGGCGAUGAUGCGGUGGAAUUGCUUGUAACUAAGUCUAUUUUAUCUGCUGUGACGUCGGUUUUGAUUCGAAUACAUGGGUAUUCUUUGUUGCAGGUUGUUAGGAUGUGCUAUGAUAUUUAUUUAGAGAGUAAGAAUGUGGUGAAUCAGACGAUGGCUAAGGCUUCAUUGGUACAUAUGUUGGUGAUUGUUUUCCGGAGAAUGGAGGCGGAUUCAUUUACGGUGCCAUGGCAGCCUACUGUUAUCGCGGAGUUAAUGGAACCAGCUGAAAAAGAUGAUACUGAUGGAUUGAUGACAUUGUUUGUUCAGGGGUUUAUAACUAAAGUGUUGCAAGACAUUGAUGGAGUUUUCAAUGCACGGACUCUCAGGGUUGGUGCUACACCUACUGGUGCUCAUGAUGAGGCAUUUGAGACAACUACAUCAACCGUGGAGUCGACCUGCUGAUUUCUUGGAUUCCACGGAUAAAGAUAUGUUGGAUGUGAAUUAUUGUGAGAUUAACAUGUAUAAGACGGCGUUGGAAAGGCAAAAAAAGGAGAGCUGGUGGACGGGGAGGGAGAAAGGGAUGAUGAUUCGGAAUAAGUUGAGAAGAGAUGCGUUCUUGGUGUUCAGAGCUUUAUGUAAGUUCUCAUUGAAGACCCCACCCAAGAAGGCAGCAACAGAUCCACUGUUAAUGAAGGGAAAGAUUGUGGCGUUGGAGCUGCUCAAGAUAUUGUUGGAGAAUGCUGGAGCAAUAUUUAGGACAAGUGACAGGCCAAUAUUACUCGCACAAAUCAUAUAAUGUAGACCAUGGGAACCGACUUCAAGUACCAAUAUUCUCAUACAUGGUUUCGGAAUAUAGACAAACUCAUUCACUACGUAAACCAAGUGAGUUUCCACUGUCAUUGCUGUGAUUCCCCUCAAGACGGAUGACUAUUUCCUACCGUUUAAUGCUUAUUGGACUGGAUACUUUACAAGUUUAUAUUUGGAGAUUGUAGCUGUAGUGAUGCUUUGGUUCUUUAGCUGUAUUGAGAUUGAUGAUUUGAAAGAGAAGUUGAAAAUGGCAACGUUGGUUAGUAGCAGCAAUAGUAGUGGGAAGAAAAGUAAGUCGAAACGAAGAGUUAGCUGUAGCAGUCAAGCUCAGGUUAAUAUGUUACCAGCACCUCAUUUGUUCGAAGCUACGGUGAAUUCAGUUAAAGAAGCGUAAAAAAAAAUUGUUCAUCAUCUCAAGAAAAUCCAGAAGCAUGUUCAAUCAUCUAUUCAUUACUUCUCAUUCAACUCUUUUCUUCAUAACGGUUUUAACACUGAUUUCCUUUUUAUUUCAAGUCUACUGAUUUCCUUUUUGUUUCAGGUCUACCUGUAGUUAAAGCUUAAAGUGGUAUGGACUGCGUACAUCUUAUCCUACCCCACUAUGUGGAAAUACACUGGGUUUGUUGUUGUUGUUGUUGUUGUUGUAUACGAAAAGUGUUGAACAAGGUUGGGGUAUUAGUAAAGCUGAGAUUAGUUAUUCUGAAAUUUAUUUGUUAUCCAUUGUUUGAUUUAGGGAUCGUUUGGUUAUUUAAUUAUUAUAAGUCAUCUAUGUAUUGCACAAUAGUUUGCUAGCGUGAAAUAACACUGAUUUGUUCUCUACGCAGUGUACACUCUUCCUAAGCUCUACUUGAAGAUGCAGUACUGCGUUUCUUGUGCAAUUCGCUCCCAAGGUGGUUAGAGUCCAUUCUCGUAUUGAUAGGAGAGUUCGUGAGCUUCCACAGUGUUUCAGGCGACCAUGGGGUGUUCUAUCCUCCCAAUAUUAUCUUCUUCUCUUUGACUAAAGUUUCCUUGAGAUGUGCAUUUUGGUGGGGAAUUGAACUUUGUGCUUGUUAAACGGAACUUGGUUAUACUUGCUGUUAGCCGCUUUGUCAUUUUGUUGAUCUCUCAUCUCAUUUUGUUAUUCCACCGAUAUAUAGAAGAUUUAUGUUGCUUGGACUCUCCAAAAUGUUGUUGCUUCUCUGUCAUAUCCUUAAAAUGCACUAUUUUGGAGGAUUUAACAUGCACAUGGUAGCAUUUUUGAAGAGUCCAAGUACCAUAGCAAGAAAUAUAUUUACCUGUUGUAGCCGAUUAAUACCAAGAUAGAUAUCAAUACAGUUGUAGUUAUCCAGACUCACUUAAAUAUCACCCAUCUGUACUAUUUUCUAAGUAUUUGUUUUGAUAAUGAUGAGACUUUUUCGUGAACUUUGCCAUUCUAUGAUUUUUUUUGGCUCACUUGGAGUUUGUCUUUCAUGUGGUAUUCCAGAAUGAUCUCCCAAAGGCAGGACAAGCUCCACGCCCCGCUGGAGGACCCCCUGCUGCAGCUCGCACUUAAGUUGUUAGGCUUCAGGUUUUGGUUGAUCUUAUAGUAUGGUGUGUUUUACAUGUUGUUUUGACAGUUUACUGUUUUCAUUUAGAUUAUGGGACCUAUUAGCAUGUUAUGGAAUUGAAUUUUGAAUGGAAAACCGAGAGAUCUAAAUUUUCUAAAUGAAUGGCUUUUAAUUUUUGUUC